CCUUUCAAUUGAAGUCUACUUUGACAUUUGCAACAAAAUCGCAGACUUCAUAGACGAAGCCUUCAACUUCAAUUCGCAAAGCGCCGUAAGAAAUCCACAAGUAUAAGGAGAGCGGAUAAGAUUGAGAAAGCGAUGGAGGCGCAGCGGACCAAAUCAGUUGCAGUAACUAUACUUCACAAUGCCACCAUCGUCACCAUGGACCCCGACGCCCGAGUCUUCCGCAACGGUGGGGUCGUCAUCGAGCGAGACGCAAUCGUAGCCGUCGGUCAAUCUUCCAAUAUUCUUCACCAGUUCUCUUCUCUCGCCCAUCAGAUUUUAGAUCUCAACGGCCAAAUCGUCCUCCCUGGAUUGAUCAACACGCACGUCCACACAUCUCAGCAGCUGGGAAGAGGGAUAGCCGAUGAUGUGGAUUUGAUGACUUGGUUGCACCAUCGGAUUUGGCCGUACGAGUCCAAUAUGAGCGAGGAAGAUUCAUAUAUUUCCACUCUGCUUUGUGGCAUUGAGCUCAUUCACUCUGGUGUUACUUGCUUUGCUGAAGCAGGAGGGCAACAUGCGUCAGGAAUGGCAAGGGCAGUGGAGUUACUGGGCUUAAGGGCAUGUUUGGCUGAAUCCAUCAUGGACGCGGGUGAUGGCUUGCCCGCUUCUUGGGCCGGUCGGAGCACCGAUGAUUGUAUCCAGUCUCAAAAAGAGCUUUACAAGAAGCACCAUAAUACGGGAGAUGGGCGCAUCAGAGUGUGGUUAGGAAUUAGGCAAAUUAUGAAUGCAACUGAUGGAUUACUACUUGCAACAAGAGAUACUGCCAAAGAACUGAAAACUGGCAUUCACAUGCAUGUUGCAGAGAUAGCAUAUGAGAAUCAAUUUGUGACAGAGACGAGAAAAGUUGACCAUGGAACAGUCACGCACUUAGAGAAGAUACAGUUUCUUCAGGACAAUUUGUUAGCGGCUCAUACAGUUUGGGUUAACCCUGCUGAGAUUGAUUGUCUUUCAAGGGGUAGGGUCAAAGUAUCUCACUGCCCCGCUGCUGCAAUGCGAAUGCUUGGAUUUGCACCUGUUAGAGAGAUGCUCGAUGCUGGCAUCUGUGUCUCUUUGGGAACAGAUGGGGCGCCCUCAAAUAAUAGAAUGAGCAUAGUUGAUGAGAUGUACCUGGCUUCUUUGAUUAACAAAGGACGGGAAGUUCAUACAAAUGGGACAACUGAGCUGGCGACUAUAAAUGGUGCAAAAUCAGUACUCUGGGAUGAUGAAAUUGGAUCCCUUGAGGUUGGGAAAAAGGCUGACUUGGUUGUUAUCAAUCCUUCCUCUUGGACCAUGGUUCCUCUCCAUGACAGCAUUUCCAGCCUCGUGUACUGUAUGCGAACUGAAAAUGUAGUGUCUGUAAUGUGCAAUGGUGAGUGGAUUAUGAAGGACAAGAAGAUUCUGAAUGUGGAUGAGGAAGAAGUUCUUUCAAAGGCGAAGCAUGCUUCGGCAGAACUUUUAAAACGGGCAGGCAUCAAAAUACCAAGCAGAAUGAAUUUUCUAUAAUGCUAGAACUGUAGAAACAGUGUUCUAAUUGCUGUUCUUCCUCAAAACCAACUGUUGCAUGAUUUUGAUAUUUGAUGUUAUAUUCUAUCAAAACCCACACAGACCUAAGUUAACAACCCAUGAUGUGAAAAUGUCACUUGAUCAAGUUCAACAUUAUUCCUCUAGUUUGUAUUAAUUAUUUUCUGAUCCAAA